UGUACUACAGUUUUCGCCCAUAAGAACACAGGGCGGCGCCCCUGAAGAUCAUGGGUGCGGAUCCUGCGUCCUGCAGGCCUGACUCAGAUCCUGACUGCGAUGCUGUGUGAGAUGGAGACCUUCAUCAGGAGGAGUAUCAGAGGAGCUGACCUCCAGCCCAGCCUGCUUAAUGCCCCCCGCCUGCAGUCCCUGCUGAAGGCGUAUGAGGUCCUUCAGCAGCACACGAGGAGCAGCCCAGCGCCACAGCUGCUCCAUGCCUCCACACUCUCCCAGCAGAUGAUCACAGACCUUCGAGGCCUGACAGCGCCCUCUUCUGAUGCUAAGGAGCUCUGCGGCCUGCUGGGUGGCCCCGGUCUACAGGCACUACUGUUCUCCCACGACGUGGUGGCCCAGAAGAAGUAUGCCCCAGUGCUGCCACCAGUGCCCGAUGACCUGCCCACCGACGAAGAGGCCGUGAGGAUCGUACGCAUGGUCAAGAACAACCAGCCCUUGGGGGCGACGAUAAGGAGGGAUGAGGUGACAGGAGAGAUCUUCGUGGCCAGGGUGAUCCACGGAGGACUCGCCAGUCGAAGCGGUCUGCUGAACCCAGGCGACAGACUGAUGGAGGUGAACCAGCAGCCCGUGGGGGGAAUGAGCCCAGAGGAGAUCAUAAGGAUCCUGGUGAGGGCCAGCUGCCAAGGUACAGUCAUGUUUAAACUGGUUCCCAAGAUAGAAAAGCCAGCCAACCAGCAGGCCACGCUGUUUGUGCAGGCGAUGGUGGACUACAGCCCCCAGCAGGACCCUGCCAUCCCCUGCGCCGAAGCCGGCAUACAGUUUUGCAGGGGUGAUGUGCUGGAAGUUCUUGACCAGGCGGACGCCCUCUGGUGGCAGGCAAGGAAACUGCGGGGAGCACCAGGCUGUGCUGGCCUCAUCCCCUCCAUUGAAGAAGACAUGAUAGCCAUCGAUGACAAGUGUGUUGAAACAGAGGAACUCAAAGAAGACGAUGGUGAAUUCAGCUGCAGUGCAGAGGGUUUCUACAUAGCGGGUUUCCGCCGCAGCCUGCGUCUAUGUCGGAGGAAGACCCACAGCUGUUUCCAUCAUUCUCGCCCCCCCUUUCCCCCCCGGAGCCUCUCCAGUGCUCCAACCCCUCCAUACAUAGAGGUCGUGCGGUACCAGCGCCACCUGCAGGCCAGGCACCGCCUCAUCGCUCUCGUGGGUCCUUCUGGCGUUGGGGUCAAUGAGCUCAGACGAAGGCUGAUCGAAACCCAACCCAAGACAUUCCGAGGCCCAGUGCCACACACGACGCGGGCACCAAAGAGCUACGAGGAGCCUGGUCAGGAGUAUCACUUCAUCAGCAGAAGCCAGUUUGAGAGCAUGGUGGACAGCCAGAGAUUUCUGGAAUAUGGGAACCACAAAGGCCACCUCUAUGGCACCAGCUUUGACGCCAUUGCAGAUGUUCUGGACAGGGGGAUGGUUUGUGUCGUCGACAUUGAUCCACAGGCGAUCCAGCUGGUGAGGACCCAAGAGCUCUGGGGGUAUGUCGUGUUUGUCAAGCCGCCCAGCAUCUACUCCCUCAGGCAAACGAGGAAGAAUGCACAAGUGGUCACCAGUUACUAUGUUAACCGCCCCUUCAAGGAUGAAGAUUUCCAGGAGAUGGUGGAAAUGGGAAGGAAGAUGGAGGCUCAGUACGGACAUCUGUUCGACUGCGUGCUGGUUAACGACAGACUGCUGGACGCCUGUGUGGAGCUGCUCUCGGCCGUGCAGAGGGCCCAGGACGAGCCCCAGUGGGUACCUGCUCUCUGGGUGUCACCUGCUGACCGGUCCUGA